AAAAUAAAGCAAAAACUAAUAGACGGAUUAUGUUGUUUGAGAGGAUAAAACGUGGCGUUUUGGUUAAACCUCGAAGUCAUCGACGUCCACGGCACCCCCUCGUUGGUGGUUAGGUCACUGUCCCUUCGCUACCUCGACGAGUCCGUCAGUUCCCUCCCCAACCCAACUCACCAACCCACUUGCCAAAACCGAAAUACAAAAAAUUAUCCUUCCAUAUAUCUCUCCGCUCCAUCAACCACCCUUCUCCAUUUUCUUUCCUCCAAUCUCUCUCUUCACCAAACCCCCCUCUCUCACUCUCUCUUUCUCUUUGUACAGCAGUAGCCAUGGAAGCUUCACCUGCUCUCUCGCGCAUCGGCCUCGCAGGCCUCGCCGUCAUGGGCCAAAACCUCGCCCUCAACAUCGCCGAGAAAGGCUUCCCCAUCUCCGUAUACAACCGCACCACCUCCAAGGUCGACGAGACCGUCGACCGGGCCCACAACGAGGGCAAUCUUCCUCUCUUCGGUCAGAACAAUCCUCGCGACUUCGUGCUCUCCAUCCAACGGCCCAGAUCCGUCAUCAUCCUCGUCAAGGCCGGUGCUCCGGUCGAUCAGACUAUCGCUGCGCUCUCCGCCCACAUGGAGCCCGGCGACGCCAUCAUCGACGGCGGCAACGAGUGGUACGAGAAUACGGAGCGUCGAAUUGCUGAGGCCACCGGUAGGGGACUUCUCUACCUCGGGAUGGGAGUCUCCGGCGGUGAGGAGGGGGCCCGCCACGGCCCCAGCCUCAUGCCCGGUGGGUCCCACCAGGCCUACACCAACGUCCAGGAUAUUCUCCACAAGGUUGCCGCCCAGGUCGAGGAUGGUCCCUGCGUGACCUACAUCGGAGAAGGGGGUUCUGGUAAUUUCGUGAAGAUGGUGCAUAAUGGGAUUGAGUACGGCGAUAUGCAGCUGAUUUCGGAGGCGUACGACGUGUUGAAGAACGUCGGGGGGUUGAGCAAUGAGGAAUUGGGUGAGAUUUUUGCAGAGUGGAACAAGGGAGAGCUGGAGAGCUUCUUGAUUGAGAUAACGGCUGAUAUUUUCAAGGUUAGGGAUGAUUUGGCAGAUGGGUUUUUGGUGGAUAAGCUUUUGGACAAGACUGGGAUGAAGGGGACUGGGAAGUGGACUGUGCAGCAGGCUGCUGAGCUGUCUGUAGCUGCGCCCACCAUUGCUGCUUCUUUGGACUGCAGAUACUUGAGUGGGUUGAAGGAGGAGAGGGAGAAGGCUGAGGAGACUUUGAAGCAAGCUGGGUUUAAGGAAGUGAUUGGGAGUGUGACGAGUGGGAUUGAUAAGAAGAGGUUGAUUGAUGAUGUGAGGCAGGCUUUGUAUGCUUCUAAGAUUUGCAGUUAUGCUCAAGGGAUGAACUUGUUGAGGGCCAAGAGUGUGGAGAAGGGUUGGGGUUUGAAUUUGGGGGAGUUGGCUAGGAUUUGGAAAGGUGGGUGUAUUAUCCGAGCAGUGUUCUUGGAUCGGAUUAAGAAUGCUUAUCAGAGGAAUCAAAACUUGCCCAACUUGAUUGUUGAUCCUGAUUUUGCUAAAGAAAUGGUGCAGAGGCAAGCUGCGUGGAGGAGAGUUGUUGGGUUGGCUGUAUCAGCCGGGAUUAGCACUCCCGGAAUGUGUGCCAGUUUGUCCUAUUUCGAUACCUAUCGGAGGGGUAGGCUUCCGGCCAAUCUUGUUCAGGCGCAGAGGGACUUGUUUGGAGCUCAUACUUAUGAGAGGGUUGAUCGCCCUGGAGCUUUUCAUACCGAGUGGACCAAGCUUGCUCAGAAGAGUGGUUCUGGUGUUGGUGCUCUCAAUUGAGCGGUUGGUUGUUGAUUUGGAUUGGAUGCUGGUUGUUUUGAUACUUGAAUUGGAAUUGUAUGUUUCUUAGAGGCUUCUUUGCUUAGGCAUAGCGAAUAGCGAUCAUUGCUUACCCUUGUUAAUAAGAAAUGCAUGCCUUUUGAGUUCAAUGAGCUAAAUUGUUGUCUUAUGAUUUCUUUCCAUUGUUCACUUUUGCAUUUUGAAAUGGCUAUUCUGUUCCUUGGAUUUCA